AUGUAUAAGAAAACUUUUCUUGGUCGCACUUCUAGUGAAGUCAAUUCUGAAGAUUUUUAAGAAGAAUAUCAACAAAUGCUUGAUAAUGAAAGUUUUUUUGAAUAUUAGUCUUCAAAUUCCAAUGCAAGUUCAUUUAUUGAUGAAGAAUCUAUCUCAAAAUAAUCUGUAAAUAUACAAUUAUUGCAUCAAAAUUUAAAAAAUUAUGGAACUAUGAGAGGAUUGCAUUCUUAAAUUGACAUAUCCACUUUAAAAAGAUUAAAUCAAUCAUCAUAUGUAGAAUUUGAUGAUUAACAAAAAUAUAAAAUGAAUUAUGAUAUAAAUAGAAUUUAUAAAGGUGUUCCUGAAAAUACUAUUAUUUAAGAUUAAGAAUAUGAAACUAAAACUAUAUUUCAUGAUUAACUAUAUAAUAUUGAAGAUUAACGUCAUGAUAUUGAUGUAGAAAUUUUACAAUUAAAGUUUUUACUGAAAAAAACUGGAAAAUUAAAGUUAAACAGUUAUAAUGCUUAUAAAUCUUUCAUGAAUCAAUAAAAAUAUGAUUUUAUUUCAAUAAUUGAAUCUUAAAUUGUUGAACUUAAAAACAAACGAAAAGCACUUGAAAAUAACAUUUAAUAAGAAAAUAAUUUGCAUUAAUUAUCAAUUGAUUAAAAAUAUUACAAUAAAAUAAGCUUUGAAAAUGAGAAAUUAUCCUCCAACUAUAUUACUACUUUUUAUAUGAAUAAGUAAAAUUAAAUACUUACUAAUGUAUCGUAGGCAUUUUCAAUCAACUUUCUCAUUUCUUAACCAGAUUGGUUAAAAUAACUUGAAUUAUAAUACACUUAACUUUAACACACAUAAAAUCUCUUAAUUCCUCCUAUCUAAAUAUUUUAAUUUUAAAAUUAAACAGCAUUACUUUAUUCAUUUUUAUUGUUAAAUCUAAUAUUUAAAAAGUUGCAUUAAAAUUAACAUAACAUUUGGAUGACCUUUCUUUUUAAAGAUUUUUUCAAAGCUUCUUUUUAAGUGGAAGAAGAGAAGCUUAAAUAAUUAAAUUUAGAUUUUAAUAGUUCUUUAUUUGAUACUUACUUUAAUGAUAUGAUUGAAAAAGGUUAGAAUGAAUAAACUAAUUUAAAAAAUUAAGAACCUUAAAUUAUUAAAUUCACAGAUCCCCAAUUAGAGCAGAUUGAUUUUGUAAAUUAAAUAGCUGCUCCUAAAUAAAAAGAUAAACUUAACUUUUUCCCUGAUUUUUAAGAUAUCCAAAUUUUAUAUGGUGAAAUGAUUUUUCUUGAAAUAUUUCAUUUAUUCUUCAACUUGUAUUUAAGAAUUUAUAGAAUACUUAAUUUAUAAGAAUAAGUUGAAUACUUAGGAUAAUAAAUUAAAUUGAAUGAAUUAUUGCCUUAUUUACUAAUUAAAUAACUAGAGGAGAAAAUAAAAGAUUAUUAAAUUUAUACUUUUUUUAAAAAUUCUUUCAUAGAACAUUAAGCGAUUGAAUUUUAAGGAAUCUUUGCAAUUCUAUCCAAAUGUAAAAAAGGCUUUCUUAAAUUGGAUGAAAAUUCUAAAGAACUUUUAUUAAUUUACACAUAAAAAUAAUUAGGAAAUUAAUCUUCAGUUAAAAUCUAAGAUGCAAAAUAAAACUUACUUACAACGCCUGAUAAUAUCCUUAGAAAAAUAAGCUAUGAAUCAUAAUAUAAGUAAUUAUGUCGAUUAUAAAUUGUGAAAAAUUUAGUCUUUAUUCAUAGAUUUAUUUUGUAAGACACAGUUCUAUGA